AGUUCUUCCAGAGCACAGACCUGCAGCAUCACAAGAGGACCGGCACACGCCAGAAGCCAUACAAGUGUGAUGUCUGCCCUGCAGAGUUCUGCCGGGCCUCGGAUCUACGGGAUCACAAGCGGAGGCACACCUGCGAGAAGCCACACAAGUGUGAUGUCUGCUUUGCAGAGUUCCGCUGGAUCUCGGAUCUACGGGAUCACGAGCGGACGCACACGGGCGAGAAGCCACACAAGUGUGAUGUCUGCCCUGCAGAGUUCUGCCGGAUCUCGCAUCUACGGGAUCACAAGCGGAGGCACACAGGCGAGAAGCCACACAAGUGUGAUGUCUGCCCUGCAGAGUUCUGCCGGAUCUCGGAUCUACGGGAACACAAGCGGAGACACACGGGCGAGAAGCCACACAAGUGUGAUGUCUGCCCUGCUGAGUUCUACCGGCUCUGGAAUCUACGGGAACACAAGCGGACACACACGGGCGAGAAGCCAUACAAGUGCGACCUCUGUCCUGCAGAGUUCAGCUGGAGUCGGGGCCUACUGCAUCACAAGCGGACACAUAUGAGUGAGAAGCCAUACAAGUGUGAUGUCUGCCCUGCGGAGUUCAUGCACAGUACGCGUCUAAGGGUUCAUAAGCGGACACACACGGGUGAGAAGCCAUACAAGUGCAAUGUCUGUGCUGCAGCGUUCAGCCGGAAUGACUGCCUACAGCAGCACAAGCAGACACACACGGGUGAGAAGCCGUACAAGUGCGAUGUCUGCCUUGCAGAGUUCAGCCAGGCCAGGUACCUUAAGCAUCACAAGCGGACACACAUGGGUGAGCAGCCAUAG